GACUGUGAUCAUCUCUAACUAUGCAUGCUAUCAUAAUAUCUUUGAGAACCAUUUGACCAAGAUUCAUCAGGUUUGAUGGUUUACAUUUCCUUGGACAAAUCAAGCAGGGUUUCUAGGAAAACCUUAUUCUUUAUGUUGAACUAAAAAGUAGGUAGUGCAUCUACAUAUCAGAUUUUGGAGCCACUAUGAAUGCUUGUGCCUAACACUAUCCUCUCGAACACAAGAAGCAGCUGUCAUAAUAUUGUUUUUCUUUUAUCUUCUUUGUUUAUUGUGAAAGUUCUAGUUUAUACACCGUAGGAGAUCCAUGUGCUGAAUGACAGCAUACGUUUACGCUGCUAGGCAUAGAACGCUCACACUUUGCAGAGACAAAAGUCACUAGCAGAUUGCUUAAUGAUAAUUGUCAUUGCUGUUGAGUUAUAGGCUCCGUGUAAAAGAUGAGGAAGAGAAAAUCAUCAAGAUGUUUUCCAAGUAAGUUGCUUUCUGUGUCUAGGUGUGUUCAUAAUUUUAGCACUUAAUUACAGUUCAUAUGACAUAGUGGAUUAUGCUUUCUUUGCCCAUGCCGUCGAUUUAUUUUUAUAUAAGUUCUAAUUAAAACUCUAAAACUACUAAGUUCUAUCUCAAAUAUCAUGGACUCUGCCUUACAAAGGCAUAAUAGCAGAAAAGCAAAUUUGGCAAACUUCAGUGGAGCGUAUAUUCUAUUCUUAACUAAAAAUGGGGGUAGGUGUUAUUUUGGCAAACUUAGGUGGUAGUGUAGUUUAUUCUUAUAUAUACUCCACAGUCCACAAAACAAAGGUGUCCUUCCUUCCUGCCAGCUACUCUGCAUUUUGUCAAAUUUGAAUCACAAUGUCUUCUUCAUCCUCGAAUCAUCAAUGGCUCUACGUGUUCAUAAACUUCAAUGGAGAAAACACCCAUCCCAGCUUCGUUUCUCAUCUCUAUGAUGCCCUCUCAAACGCGGGAAUCAAAGCUUUUAUUGAGGAUGGGAGUCUUGAAAAGGGAGAUGAGGUGCAUCAACUUGUGCAAGCAGUAAAACUUUCUCGUAUAUCUUUAGUUGUUCUCACCACCAACUAUGCUUUAUCUACAUGGUGUCUUGAUGAACUCAUCCGAAUCAUGGAAACCCGCAAAAACUAUGGCCAAGUGGUUAUUCCUAUAUUUUACCACGUUAUUCCAUCGGACGUGCGUGAUCAGAAGGGUCAUUUUGCUUUGGGAGGAGCAGGAUUCAAAAGGGACGUGAGGAGGUGGAGUGCCGCGCUCCACGAAGUUGCAAGUUUGUCUGGUUUUGAAUUGAGCACUGAUAGGAGUGAAGCUGAAGCAAUUAAUGCAAUUGUUAAUCAAGUUUUCCAGAAUUUCCCAUCAGCUAAUGUGGAAAUGAAGCCUUCACCUGAAGUAAAUUUGCAGCCAACAACUAAUGAGGAAAUGGAGUCAUCACCAAAGGCUCUUCAAUAUGGAUCAAACACUACAUAUUUGUUGAUGUAUUCAUGCAAACACAGCUUAUAGCUGAAAAAUUAAAACAUACCACUGGCAGGAAUGAACCUUCAAAUCUAAUUCUCUUUUGUACUUAUAUUUCCACUUAAAUUGCACUUAGAUACUAUUACUAUUUGCUUACUAUUUGUCACAGCAGUAGGAGAUCCAUGUGAUGAAUAACA